AUGCACUUCCGUCAGAUAUUUUCAGCUAUUUACGGCCCUAUUGGACUGACAAUCUGUUGUAUAUCGGUAUUAUCCAAUGUGUUUAGCGCUGUCAUUUUGUCCAAACGCUGGCUUCGCCGCCCAACCACUACAAUUUUGAUUGGUGUUGCCGCCAUGGAUCUAUCUGUGUCCUUGAGUCAGAUACCUCUACUCAUCCGGUUUUAUCUAGCCAGGAGUAAAAUAUCCUCGGGCACAAACCAGAUCACGAUGAAUCUGUGGAACGUUUCAUCGGAUAUUUGGAGCAUACCAGGAUGUAAUAAACCUCAAGGCGAUUACCCCUUCUUACAUCACGAUUGGUACGACUGGCGAUGUCAUACUACCAAUGAUUACGGUUUUAUUUCUUGGGGAUUGGCUGUGUUCUUCUUGGUUGCGUUCGCUAUUACCCUAACCAGCCAUACAUGCUCCAUGUGGUUCGGCGUAGUGUUGGCCGUAUUUCGUUGGUGGCUCAUAUGUGAUUUGAAUCGCACAAUGUCGGAGAUGCGAAAGGCGUUGCAAACACAAGACAGUCAGAGAAUUGGACCUUCCGUAUCACAACUAAUCACUGUACCCCGAGAUCUUCCGGUCACACGUAUAUGUGUCCACUGUGGGCGUGCAUUUUUUGUCAGCUCACACAAUAAAAACGAGGACGGUGCACCAUUUAACUGUAACUGCAUUGAUGAACAGUUGUUGUUGGAGACUAAAAGUGGGUAUUCCAGAGGUUCCAUCGAGGAUCAGUCCCCUUCUACAGCAAUAUCUCAGGGAUCAAAACGAGAGAGAAGCAACUACGCCGCGCGUUUUUUAUGUUUACCACUUCACCAUGGAGAAAGAGUUCCUAACGGGAAAGCGAUGUCGAGAUCUUUCAAACAACGACUUCGACUUCAUCGGCACGUCACUGUGUUGCUCACAAUAGUAAUCCUUUUAGCUAUACCAUCAGAACUGCCCACCGCGCUUAUCCUUGUGUUGAAACGAUACUCGCAUUUCGGCGAAUGUCUUCUGCUUGCAUUCGGGGAUCUCUUGGACUGCCUGGCACUA